AUGGCAAACUCAACUGGAAGCCUGGAGCUCCAGGGACUAGAGCAGACGGUUUUCCCGGAGCACAUGGAGCAUCCAAUGCCUUCAACUGCCCAGACAAACCAGCUUGAGGAAAAGGGCCAAAACAAGAGAAAAGUGAAUAAGCCAGACAGCCGUGCCACAAAGAGGAGCAAGAAGAAUGACACUCAAAGAAUAGAUGGAUCGCCGGACUAUGCGGGAGCAAAUAAUGAACAAAGCCCCCUUCCUGCACCCCCUCACAUUUCUCUAAGAGACCUGAUGGAGGCUGAGACAAAGUUAGUGUUCGGUGACGAACAGGACAUUACCCACAAGUCCCUGGCCUCCACCGCCACACAAUUAAUGUGUCAAGCGGCUGAAAUAGGAGGGCCUCCGAGUGGACCUAAUCUCAGCUUUCUGCCUCAAAUUGACAAAUGGCUCGAUGUAGCUUUACAGGACGCCAACUCGUACUACCAACAGAAGAAAUAUGCCACUGCAGCCAGCCGUUUCACUGCUGCACUAGAGCUGUGUUCCAAAGGCACUGUGUUUGAAAAACCUUUUAAUGCUGAUUAUGAAGACAUUUGCAAAGCUGCCAGCUUUAUUGAGUCCAAAAUUGUCACCUGCUAUCUCCGAAAGAAAUGGCCUAACCCGGCAUUGCUGCAUUCCCACAGGAGCAUCCAGCUAAACCCCAUUUGUUUUCAGAACCACCUCGGACAAGCCAUGGUAUAUCGACUUCUGGGAAACCCCUGUGAGGCAGCGAGUAACUUCCAAGGGCUCCUGGAGGUGGCGCAUACUUUGGAGAAGAAUUUCUCAGUCAUGUUCACUCCCUGGUUUGGAAAACCAUUCUCAAACACCAUUGAGAAGGUGGAGGCGGCCUUCCAGAAGCUUAAAUCCAGCCUUUACAGACUACAUCUUUACUGUGCAGGCAUUCAAGAGUGGUACUGGCUGCUGGCUCUAAUGGCAGAGACCAUGGACACACUUGAAGGCAAGCGGUCUGAUCAGGAACGUGUGUGGAAUGCAAUGCAAAAGGUGGCAGCAGUGAAAGAGAUGCUUUAUCAGCUAGAGGAGACCUACCUUAAGAAGAAGGCACUGAGAGCUACCAAACAGAAGAAAGCCCUGAAAAAGACCUCCCUCAGGAAUCCUGCCGCACCACCACAGGGCCAGUCGAAUGCAGUAGCCGACCCUCAGCCCCAUCAUCCAAUAAGUGAGCAUCUUCCACCUCCCCACAAACACUUAUCUUCUGCCAGGAAGUAG